UUACAGUAGAAUGGCGCCAAAAUUAAAGUCAUCUGACAAAGUCAAAGAGAAGCAGAAGGGCUUGGAAGUCUUCAGUGAAUCUGCUAUGCGAAACAAUUAUAGUUCCUUGGAGUACAGCCGGACAUGUCAAGCGGCAGCGUCAGGAAUGGCUGCAGGGAUUUUGGGACUAACGGGUAUACCUGGCUUUAUUUUCUACUUCGUAACUGUGGCGAUCCAAGCCUUAUUCUGGGAAGCGAAAGCUGGAUUUGAGUGGAAAUCGUAUUUUCUUGACCGAACCCUUUCUGUGACAUAUUCCAUUGUUGGAGGCUUAUUCACUUACAUUCUCUUUUGGGUAUUCUUGUAUGGAAUGGUCCAUGUCUACUAGUCGAAAUUCUGUAUGUUCUCCAUUGCUCCACAGUGUAAUGCAUCAUCGAUUAUUCUGAGAUUUUUCGUUGUCAGUGCGAGCACAUUCCUAGUUUUACGUUCUUGUUGUACAUAUCUGUUUGUUGAUGUCUCCUUUCUUUUGUUUCAAUGUCGAUAAUGAAUAAACGA